AUGCCUAGUGCCUCGUUUUCCUCUUCGCGUUCUUACGUCCGUAGAUCGCGGAGAAAAGGCGGACACCGAAUACCACUACCUUCCAGGACUCAAUCCAGUGAGCCAUGUGAAUCAGUCCCAAUUCCUAACAACAACGUGACGGGGAGUGCGAUGGCGGCGACUGCGGCUUGCGCUGGGGCGAGCGGCAGCGGUGGUGGCGGCGGCUCUCCACCGGUACCCGCGGCCGCGCCCGCCACUACAGCAGGCCACCACAGCCCAUAUGAUCUGCGCCGUAAGUCGCCGCCCGCUUACCACGAGCCUGGACCUUCAGGGGCUUGCUCUCUACCAGCUAGGAAGAGGCCUAGAACGUCUUUAUCUCAGGGUGUGGAUGUGUGCAAUGUGUCACAGUACCUACAGUAUGAGCUGCCUGAUGAAGUUUUGUUGUGUAUUUUAUCACACCUAACCGAACGAGAUCUCUGUCGCGUCGCACAAGUCUGCAAGCGAUUUAAUACGAUUGCUAAUGAUACUGAGCUAUGGAAAAGUUUAUAUCAGUCGGUAUUCGAAUACGACAUGCCACUGUUGCAUCCGGCGCCCUGUCAGUUUGAAUUCGUAGCUCCCGAUGAGUGCGACGCAGACAACCCUUGGAAGGAAAGCUUCAGGCAGCUGUACUACGGAAUACACGUGCGACCUAAUUACCGCCCAAAGAAGGAUUCUCGAAUCAAACAUUUUAAUACAAUUAGGGCGGCUCUCGAGUACGUGGAGGAGCGCAGCGGCGGCGUGGGGGGCGGGAGCGGUGCGCACUCGGCAUGCGGCGCGGCGACGGGCGGCGCGGCGCUGAGCGCGAGCGGCGGCCCGUGCGGCGCCGCGCCCGCCUGCGCCUGCGGCACGGCGGCGUGCUCGUGCCGCCGCGCCGCGCCGCACGCGCCCGCGCUCGUCUUCGUCCACGCCGGCCUCUACCAGGAGGAGUGUCUAGCUAUCGACACUGACGUGCAGCUCAUCGGUUGUGCUCCAGGCAAUGUAGCCGAAUCAGUAGUGUUGGAGCGAGAAGCGGAGUCUACGCUAACGUUUGCGGAGGGCGCCAACCGAGCCUACGCCGGUCACAUCACGCUCAAGUUCUCGCCCGACGCCACCAGCACUAUGCAGCACCACAAACAUUAUUGUCUGGAGGUGUCGGACAACUGCUCUCCCACCGUCGAUCAUUGUAUCAUACGUAGUGCUAGUGUUGUGGGUGCAGCCGUGUGCGUGAGUGGUGCGGGCGCGAACCCCGUGAUCAAGCAUUGCGAUAUCAGCGACUGCGAGAACGUAGGGCUGUACGUCACAGACUAUGCGCAGGGCGCCUACCAGGACAAUGAGAUCUCGCGCAACGCGCUCGCCGGCAUCUGGGUCAAGAACUUUGCCAACCCUAUCAUGCGCCGCAACCACAUACAUCAUGGCAGAGAUGUCGGCAUAUUUACAUUUGAAAAUGGCUUAGGCUAUUUUGAAGCAAAUGAUAUUCACAACAACAGAAUUGCUGGCUUUGAAGUAAAAGCUGGCGCCAAUCCCACCGUAGUACAUUGUGAGAUUCACCAUGGUCAGACAGGAGGCAUAUACGUCCACGAGUCUGGCCUAGGCCAGUUUAUAGAUAAUAAAAUACAUUCUAACAACUUUGCUGGAGUGUGGAUAACGUCCAACAGUAACCCCACGAUUAGACGUAAUGAAAUAUACAAUGGGCAUCAAGGAGGCGUGUACAUAUUUGGCGAGGGACGCGGCCUUAUUGAGCACAAUAAUAUUUAUGGGAAUGCUUUAGCUGGCAUUCAGAUAAGAACAAACAGUGAUCCAAUAGUAAGGCAUAACAAAAUUCACCAUGGACAACAUGGAGGAAUCUAUGUACAUGAGAAGGGCCAGGGACUCAUCGAAGAGAAUGAGGUAUACGCCAAUACACUCGCCGGCGUCUGGAUCACUACUGGCUCCACUCCUGUGUUGCGACGCAAUCGCAUACAUUCGGGGAAACAAGUUGGAGUGUAUUUUUACGAUAAUGGCCAUGGAAAAUUAGAAGACAACGAUAUAUUUAACCACUUAUACUCUGGCGUUCAGAUACGAACCGGUAGCAACCCCGUGAUCAGGGGUAAUAAAAUAUGGGGCGGUCAGAAUGGUGGCGUACUCGUUUACAACGGUGGCCUCGGGCUUUUAGAACAGAACGAGAUAUUUGAUAACGCCAUGGCCGGAGUAUGGAUAAAGACUGAUUCCAACCCAACACUCAAGAGAAACAAAAUAUUUGAUGGACGUGAUGGGGGCAUUUGUAUUUUUAACGGAGGAAAGGGAGUGCUCGAGGAGAACGACAUAUUUCGUAACGCGCAGGCAGGAGUGUUAAUUUCGACGCAGAGCCACCCCGUACUGCGCCGCAACAGGAUCUUUGACGGGCUCGCGGCUGGGGUCGAGAUCACUAACAACGCCACGGCUACGCUCGAACAUAACCAGAUAUUUAACAACAGAUUUGGAGGAUUAUGCCUAGCUUCUGGUGUUUCGCCUCUUGUACGGGGUAAUAAAAUAUUUAGCAAUCAAGACGCAGUAGAGAAGGCUGUCGGCGGAGGGCAGUGUCUGUAUAAAAUCUCAUCUUAUACGUCGUUCCCGAUGCAUGAUUUUUAUAGAUGCCAGACGUGCAACACCACCGACCGUAAUGCAAUCUGUGUCAAUUGCAUCAAAACGUGCCAUUCGGGACACGACGUAGAAUUCAUUCGCCAUGACAGAUUCUUCUGCGACUGCGGCGCGGGAACGCUGUCGAACCAGUGCCAGCUGCAGGGCGAGCCCACGCAGGACACGGACACGCUGUACGACUCGGCGGCGCCCAUGGAGUCGCACACGCUCAUGACGGAGAGGCCGCCGCAGGCGCUGGCGGCGGUCGGAGUGAAGAGCACGAUUGCCUGUGAGCCAGUAGAUAGUCAGGAGAUAUCAUUAGCCGCCUCUGCGGCCCGUUAG